CCCCCGUGCUGCGCCCCCCGGGGACCCCGAGGCGGCAUGAGCGGCGCCCGGCGCGCGAGCUGGCUGGCGGCCGGCCUCAUCCUAGGGGCGGGCGCCUGUUACUGCGUGUACAGGCUGACGCGGGGCCGGCGGCGGGGCGGCCGCGGGCUCGGUCCGCGCCCCGCGAGAUCGGCAGAAGACCUAACCAGUGGUUCCUACGAUGACGUUCUAAAUGCCAACCAACUUCAGAAACUGCUUUACCUGCUCGAUUCCACCGAUGACCCUUUCAUUACGGAACGAGUUUUGGUCACCCUGGGUAACAGUGCAGCCUUCUCCGUGAACCAGGCCAUUAUUCGUGAGUUGGGUGGUAUCCCAAUUGUUGGAAAGAAAAUCAACAGUCCCAACCAGAGUAUUAAAGAGAAAGCUUUAAAUGCACUGAAUAACCUGAGUGUGAAUGUUGAAAAUCAAAUCAAGAUAAAGACGUACGUCCAUCAAGUCUGCGAGGAUGUCUUGUCUGGUCCCCUGAACUCCGCCGUGCAACUGGCCGGACUGAGACUGUUGACCAACAUGACCGUUACCAACGAUCACCAGCACCUGCUGGGUGGUUACAUCACAGACCUGUUCCGCGUGCUCCUCGCCGGAAACGGAAACACCAAGGUUCAAGUGCUGAAACUGAUCGUGAAUCUGUCUGAAAACCCAGCUAUGACUGAAGGACUUCUCGGUGCCCAAGUGGACUCGGCGUUCCUGGCCCUCUUCGACAGUCACGUGGCCGCCGAGAUCCUUCUCCGGGCGCUCACGCUGUUCCAGAACAUAAAUAACUGUGUCAAAGCAGAGGGCCGCCAGGCGGCGCAGCCCUCCUUCCCGCAGGGCUCCUUGUUCUCCCUGUUGUACGGAGAAGAAUGCGUCCAGAAAAUGAGAGCUUUGGGGUCUCACCACGACGCCGACGUGAAAGAGAAGGCCGCGGCAAUAACUCCAGCCUUCUGAUGGCCUGGGCCUGCGUUCCUCCCUGCAGCAGCACACUCUGGAAGCUUCCUUCCCAUUUGCCUAACGCAUCCCUCAGCUGCCGAACUUCUACAGUAAACAUCCCAUUUCGUCAUUCACGCACUGCAGCUCAAGCAUUUCUCAUCGAUCAUGUUCAAAAGAAAAGGCAAAAUUCAGAUUCCGGAGUGUGUGAGUGUUCCCAUGAAGCUUACAUAUUUAAUAAUCAGAAACACACACACACACACUCGGGUCACAAGUAGCUUGGAGAAGCGAUCUUCCACCUGUAUGUGGCCGCCAUCUUCGAGUUUAUUUCAGAUCAUUUUACUGAUGCCCGUUGACUAAGAGAGCUUGCAUGAGUCCCGUUAGUUUUUCUUUUGCUUCGUAGUUAAGAGAUGCUGAUUUCCCCUACAGGAAGGGGCCGUGUCCCUUCUGUGUGGGAAGUGCCCUUCAGCGUGGAGUGGUCUGUCGUCGUCCUCCCUCCGGGAGCACUUAGCCUGGGACUAACACGGCUUUAUGAGAUCCUGAGGAACCCAGCCACGCUGCUUUUAAAACGUCUGUUCCCAUCAUGCAAACGUGCGAACACAAUGAAAGCAUCAAGGAAAACACGAGAGUCGUGUUACCUGGGCACUCACCCCGCCCAUGCAGUGUGUCCGUAUGUCAUGAUGUCACAUACGAGAUACUGGGACUUAGCCAAAUGUCCACUCAUCCUCGAUGGGCCAAGUCAAUAUCCCAGUUUUUCAAAAGAUGGACAGGUCUGCUGACAUGCUGCGGAAGACACCCAUGAAGUGUGCUGGAUUUUAAAGACAUGCUGUGGAUGAUGUGUAGAAUCCAACUGUGUUUUGUUUUUUUUUUUUUAAAUAAGUAUAUUCCUGGGGCUGGCAUUCUGGCACAAUGAGUAAAGCCGUCUGCUUCAAUGCCAGCUUCCCAUAUGGCACCAGUUCACAUCCUAGUUACUCCACUUCCAUUCCAGGUCCUUGCUAAAGGCCUUGGAAAAGCAACAGAAGGUGACCCAUAAUAUUUAGGCCUCUACCACCCACAUGGGAAAACUGAAUGAAGCUCCUGGCUUUAGCCUUGCUCACCCCUGGUCACUGGGCCGCAGGGGAGAGGGAACCAGCAGAUGGAAGACCAAUCUUUCUCUCCCUCUGAUUAUUUCAACUAAAUAAAUAUAUUUUAAAAUGUGCUUACAGGAGCAAAAUAUUUCAAACUCCUGGGAAUGAAAACUGGAACAUGGCCUGCAUUUUUUUUUUAACUCAGCAUAAAUUGUGUAAUUUUUUUUUAAUAAAGAGGCAAAAAAAAACAAA